AUGACCACUGUCGGUCCCAGUCCGAAUUCCCCACCCGAGUUGUCGGGGUCGAAAUCCUCCAAGUCGUCAUCCUUUCGUUCAUCCCAGAUUGAUAGCGCAGAUGCGGUAUUCACCGAUGUUGGAAAUUUCGAAGACAUUGGCCUCGAAGAUGACACGGUUCUCCCCCUCCCCGAUCAGCCGACGCCGUACGGCCGCGGGUCCGCCGCCCGAUCGCAAGCUACCCGAUUGCCAAACACUCUCCCUUUCAAGAGCCCUGCAGUGACCACACGCGAUCUGACGGCGACAUCAAAGCCGCGCAAUCAUCGCAUACUGCCACCCAUUAAUAGUGCGCUCAACGGAUCAGCGCGAAGCCUGGAACCUACGGGGUCCCUAGCAGUCCGUUCUGGCAACAGGAGGGACUCUGUAAGUGGCCACCAGCCGCGCGGGCUGUCACCCUCGCAACCUCAUCGAUCUCGCUCAAACUCUCCUCUUCGACCAUUGUCCAGCCGAUCUGCCUCGAGUACCAGCUUGGCCCUCUCGCCGCUUUCCACGCGGAACUCCGCUCCCAAGCACCCCUGGCAGCCGAAGCGCAAAUCCCUCAGGGAGCUGGAAGACGAAUACAACGACGCUGAUGACGACCUUCCCGACGAUGCAACCCCCGGUCGCCGCCCACUCCCGAUCUCGCACACUGCAUCGGACACCUUGGUAUCCCAAGAUCACUCGUCACAGGGAGCCUCACGAGCGGCGCGGAUGAGACGAAAUCAGCGCUCGAGCUCUGCCGGUCCGGAACGAGGCCAAAUCUCACCCCGCAACCCCCGUACCUACUCAUACAACAACUACCUGUCUGAUUUGUCGGAAGAAGCGAGAAUUAUUACGGAGGCACUCGAACACCAUGCAGACGAAAGCGAGCGCAAGCAUGAGGAUGCAGUGCAAAACGGACUCUCUUCCGGAAAGUCCAGCUCCGAUUCGCGGCCCGAGUCGAUCGAACUGCCGCCUCUGCAGAAGUCGAACAUCAUGAUUGAUCCGCUGCCGAUUAAUCAAAGGGAGGAGAAGAAGCACCUGAGAGAGUAUAAACUGAUGAUGGCCCAAGCUAAAGAAGCCGAUAAGCGCAAGGCCGCCCGGGCUGCUUCGGAGCAGUGCGAGAAAGAUAAUACCCGCGCAACACUCCAGAACAUCUGGGAUGACUACGUGACUCCCAAUUGGGAGCGUGCGCUACGUGAGCCUCGCAUUCGGGAGCUUUGGUGGCGAGGUAUCCCACCGCGGAAUCGGGGUGCCAUGUGGAAGCGCGCCCUCGGCAAUGAGCUAGCCAAGGAGUUGCAAUCCAAGGCUGACACCGAGCCGAGGGAGAACAACAAGCGUAUGCUUGAUUGUUUCGACGCCAUCGAGGCGGAUGUCACAAAAGCGUUCCCGGAUCUGAACCUUUUCCAGGAAGGUGGGCCGUUGCGGGAUACGCUCAUUGACCUUCUACAGGCGUACUGCAUGUAUCGAAGCGACGUGGGUUAUAUCCAUGGUCUUCACACUAUUGCCGCACUCCUUGUGCUUCAGUUCCCUUCGUCAAGUUCCGCGUUCCUUGCCAUGGCCAAUGCUCUCAAUCGUCCUCUGCCGGUUGCCUUUCUGACCUGGGACCGCGGCGCCAUGGCUCGUACAUAUGGUCUUGCCACGGAGACCCUGAGAUACAAAUUUCCCCAAUUGGCAACCCAUCUGCUGGAGACGCUUCAACUCGCAGAGGAGGAGGUAUGGGAGCCCAUGUUCCGCUCUCUAUUGACGAACGGCCUGGACCUUGAACGACUUUUCCCGUGUGUGGGAUUGCUGGUUCUGCAGACGCAAUUGAUGUCUUUCCACCAGCCCGACGACCAGUCGCGCCUCGUCGUGCGCGAUAUUCUCGGCUGGGGCCCUCGGCACAUCGGCGCUAGUGCCCAGAAGCCCAAGGAGCGCAAUAGCGCCCCCGCCGCUUCUGGAUUUGGGGGCCAGGUUUCGAGUCCGGGCGUAGCUGACUAUUGGAUCCUCACCGCUGCUGGCAACGAGGAUGGAUUCAUCGCUGCAGUGCGCGAGGCUGGCAAAGUGCGGAAUUAG